UCUAAGAGGCUGGCGGUUCUGCGCGCGUUAAGACCUCCAGGAGCAGGUCUUAACCGUUUUCACUGCAGAGGGGGGACGGGACUUGCGAGACCUUGAAUGGACAAGGGUCGUUUUUCGUAUUUAUUGCGAAGUUACGGAUCAUGUGCUCAGGCGACCACGUGAUGUGUCUGAGGGAAUCUUUUAACUGAGCCAAUUGGUUACUUGGAAUCCUGUUUCUCAGCCAAGAAUGGUACUCCAAGGCAGCCAUCCAUUUGUAGCCAUUCACGGGCUUGUUUGAGGAUUAGAAAAAGCAUCUUUAAUAAUCCUGAACAUUCCUUGAUGGGCUUAGAACAGUUUUCUCAUGUUUGGAUUUUGUUUGUUUUUCACAAAAAUGGUCAUUUGAGCUGUAAGGCAAAAGUACAGCCUCCUAGGCUGAAUGGUGCAAAGACUGGCGUUUUCUCUACAAGGAGCCCACAUCGUCCCAAUGCAAUAGGACUGACCCUGGCCAAACUGGAAAGAGUAGAAGGUGGAGCUGUCUACCUUUCUGGAAUUGACAUGAUUCAUGGCACACCUGUACUAGACAUAAAGCCCUACAUAGCUGAUUAUGACUCACCACAAAAUUUGAUUGAGUCUUCAGGGGACUUCACCUUACAGAAUAACCAACAUAAACUGAAAACCGUGUCCCAGUCUGAAGGCAAGACUGAUAACUGUGACUGGCAACAGCUCUCAGGGUGCAAGGAAUCACAGCCCAGCCACUGCACUAGGGAGAAAUGCAAAUGUCCUGAACAUAGAACUUCAGGGGAAAACAACGCGGAGUCUGAUGAUGCAGCGAACACCCAGCAAAGCUCCCCUGAGCCGAGGGAGAUAGCAGCAGAGUUGGGUGAAGAAUCCGGUCCCAGGGUGGCACAAGAGCAAAGUGGCCCACAUAGCCAGGAGAAGAGCCCUUCAGAGGAGCCAGAAGAUGGCAGGCUGAAGAGAGGGGAAGAAGCAGUGGUCCCAGAAGGACACGGCCCAGAGAUGUCCCCCAAGGCUCCUUCUGGGGUGGCCGGUGCAGCCCACUGCAGCGUGGUCCCUGCCUGGGUGAGAGAGGCCCCUGUGGCCAACCUGGAAGUCCGGUUUACUCCUCACGCAGAGAUGGACCUUGAGCACCUCAGCUCAGGUGAACCAGGUGUUGGUCAGGCUUCAUUUAAAUACUUUCAGUCAGCGGAGGAAGCAAGGCAUGCCAUCGAGGCUGUGCUGUCAGCUGAUCCUCGGUCUGUUUAUCGACGGAAGCUCUGCCAAGAUCGUCUUUUUUACUUUACAGUAGACACAGCGCACGUCACAUGCUGGUUUGGUGAUGGUUUUGCAGAAGUCCUAAGGAUCAAGCCAGCUUCUGAGCCUGUUCAGAUGAGCAAGCCUGCAGAGUCCCCAGUGUCUUUGGGGUUAGCAUCAUGUGUGGAUCAGAGAACCAGAAACCACUCAGGUUACACAUCAGCUGUGGAACUGAGCCAUUUGGGGCAGGUAAACUGGCUGGGGCUGGGCAGCUUGUUCCCAGGUGUGCACUGAUCUUUUCUCUUCUCCCAGAGACAAGGUUUUGGAUAAAGCAUUGUGCCACCAGGCAGAAGACAGGCGCCUAUAUGGAUGGUGUUUCUGGCAGAGGGCUGAGCCGCUGAGAGCACCUUAGACCCAUACUCGCCAAACCUGUGCAGUUCAUCCCGUCUGGAAGAAGGAAUGGGUCUCCGCUUGCAGGAUGCAUUUAUGUGUCAGCUACACCCACUAGCUCUCCGUCUACUUGCAUUUAGAUCAGCCUCAGUCCAUCAGCAAGCUACUCUUUAAGUCUUGGCCGUUCCAGAUCUUGGGCAACCGGCACUCUGCAGGGGGGAGGACAAUUCCUCGGUCACUGGACCCCAUUGACCACUCGGACGUCCAUUCAGUUUCUGUGCAUCUCCCAGCUCACUGGCUCUCAGGACAUCCUUCAGUUGUGGCUCAGGAGGUGCAGUCUUCUUGGACUUCUUCCCUGGACUUUUUGGCCUUCAAAGGAAUUCCUAAAUUAAUCUCCAACAUCCUUUUCCUAAAGUAGAAAGAAGAUGCUCCCCUCCAGACCUCUUCCUCUCUUUUCUCUGCCUCUGGGUCUCUGCUCCUCUGUGACUGGAGUCUGUUGGGACAUGACUCCAUUCUCAUCUCUUGGGUCAUGUCCUGCCAUUAUUUGACUUGGAGUGACUCCAGACUGCCUCUCUCAUCCCCCAUACAUUCCUACUCUGCCACAAUCUGUCCAUGAUGAUGGGUAUGAGAAACCAAAAAGUUUGUCUGCUCUUCUCCUAGACUUAAGGUCCUGUGGGGACCAUGGCCAACAUCUCAGGGCCAUCUGACCUUCCUUGUUCACAACUGAGGAACUGGGAGAGGACUGUCCAAGAUGGGGGCUUAACUUUUGUGAUUAGCUUCUCUCCUGACCUGCCAAGGGUUUCUACCUCAGCUUAGCCAUCCCUCAUCCCAUGGGCAUCUGAGAGAGAAAAGUGGGCUGAGGAAGAGGCCAUGGUUGAGUCUCUAUUAGCUAAAUGGUUUAUGAAUUCAAGGAGCUUGAGAGGUAAGCCCUAACUUUGCUGUACCCCAAACCAUAUAAUCUGGGCUUCUGGUGUUUGUCUAACAUCUGGAUCAGGCAGGAAAACUUCCAAGAGGGUGCUUCCCUGAUGGUACAGUGGAUAAGAAUCCACCUGCCUAUAUAGGGGACAUGGGUUUGAUCCCUGGUCCAGAAAGAUUCUAUGUGAGCAGCUAAGCCCAUACUGCACAGCUAAUGAGCCCAAGCUUCAGCGUCUUCAGGCUGCACCUCCUGAACCCUGUCUGCCUAGAGCCUGUGCUCUGCAACAAGAGAAGCCACCACAAUGAGAAGCCCAUGCACUGCAACAAAGAGUAGCCCCUGCUCACAACGAAAGCCCCCACGCAACAAUGGAGACGCAGCACAAACAAUAAAGAAGUAAUUUUAAAAAGUUUCCAAGAGGCAUUCAGAUGGUGCUCCUGACUCCCAGGAGGAGUUCAGUGUACAGGUGGCCACACGCCAUGAACUACACUCACCUAUAGCGCUCCUGCCAGAGUCAUCUACUCAACUUCUUGUCCAGGUGCAUCUUCAGGGUGUUUUCCAGUUGCCUCUGAACUAAUUUCUCCCUUGAAUCCUCAGGUGGCAUACCACGUCACUUCCUGUCUCCUCAGUCAGACCCUGUACUCCUCACAGGGUGGCUUUUUAAAAACCUAGGCAGGGGGGCGGGAUGAACAUGGCGGCGCGUCGGGGCCAGGGGUCCCCAGUUGUGUUCUCAGGGCUCGCCAUUGCAGCUGGGAAUGCUCGUUUCGUGGACUCCUGGGUCCCCGUCGAUUGGCAUCCAGC